AUGUCCGGGGAGAUGAUAGAAAAUGCGGUGAGAUGUGGGAAAAUUGAGGUGGGAGAAAGUGCCAAAAGAUCGGUUCCUAGAAGGAAAGAAAGUGAAGUAAACAAUGCAAGCAUAUACAAUAAAAGUUAUUCCAAGCCAGUCACAGUGAGCCAACCAAGGGCAGUGACUACUAGCCAUCAGGGCCCUACAAGGCAGGAUUCCAACCCAAGGCCUAACACAGAAAGAGUUCAAUUCACGCCAAUUCCAAUGACGUAUAAGGAGCUUUACAAGAACCUGUUCGACGCACAUGUAGUGUCCCCAUUUUACCUAAAACCCAUGCAACCUCCAUUCCCUAAGUGGUAUGACGCAAAUGCUCAAUGCGAAUACCAUGCAGGAAUCUCGGGACACACAAUUGAAAACUGCACGGCCUUCAAGAAAUUGGUCGAAAGGUUCAUAAAGAUGGGCAUUGUGAAGUUCGAUGAUCCCACAGGACCUAAUGUGGCGGGAAAUCCGUUACCCAGUCAUUCAGAUGAAGGGGUAAACGCGAUAGUCGAAAAUGAAGGGAGGAGAACCAAGAUAGAUAUAUCAGAGGUAAAGACUCCAUUGAAGUGGGUUUGGAAGAAAAUGGUAGAAGAAGGUUUACUUACACAGGGUUUAGGGGAGAAGCCCAAAGGAGCAAAAUACUACUGUGAAUAUCACAACGAAGAGGGUCAUGAGAUCCAGGAGUGCAAUGAAUUCAGGGCAAUGGUACAGAUAUUGAUGGAAAAUAAAGAGAUUGAAUUCUUUGAGUAUACUGAGGGCCCCGAGGGAGAAGAUGUGUGCACGUCAGAGCAAGGGCCAACCAACAAUGUCCGAGGGGUCAAUCACCCGGUCAUAAUUAUAUCCCGACCAAGUGUCGGUGAAGUCGAGUACCAAUUGCGCCUAAAGGUCAUAAUUCAAAAGCCCAUUGCUUUCCUUAUAAGGAUAGCAAAGGGUUCCGUGGAAUUACGACGCAAUGUAACGAUCCCGGGAAGGGAGAAUCCAAUUGUCGCUUUUGAGAAAGGUCAAGACGAAGGUUUCUAUACACGCAGCGGAAGGCGUUAUACUCCGAACACCAAGGAAGAAUCAGCUAAAGGAAAAUCCGUGGUCAUUGAACAAGAAAAGGAAAAGACGACCAGACCCGAAUCACCCGUCAAUGAGCCUGUAACUGAAAAAGAGGCUAAGAAAUUCUUAAAAUUCUUAAAACACAGCGAGUACAGCGUUGUGGAACAAUUGCACAAACAGCCAGCUCGUAUAUCCGUACUAGCCUUGCUCUUGAGUUCAAAUACUUAUCGAAGGGCAUUGAUGAAGGUUUUAAAUGAAACAUAUGUUGCGGAUGACAUCUCUGUCAACAAACUCGAUCGCCUAGUCAAUAACAUCAGCGCGGAUAAUUUUAUUUUCUUUAAUGAUGAUGAAAUACCAUCGGGAGGCAUGGGAUCUACAAAGGCCCUACACAUUACCACUCGCUGCAAAGGAUACACAUUGCCGGGGGUAUUGAUUGAUAAUGGAUCGGCAUUGAAUGUCAUGCCCUUGUCCACAUUAAAUAGGUUGCCAGUGGAUAACUCUCACAUGAAGACAUGUCAAAACGUCGUGAGAGCAUUCGAUGGUACGAAAAGGAGAGUAAUGGGAAGAAUCGAGAUACCUCUCUUGAUUGGCCCAAAUACAUACGAGGUGGACUUUUUAGUAAUGGACAUCAAGCCCUCAUACAAUUGCCUGUUAGGGAGACCGUGGAUUCACUCGGCGAGGGGAAGUGUGUCAUCCUCUACACCAAAAGUUGAAGUUGGUAAUCGAGGUAGGUUGGUAACGAUAAACGCGGAGGAAGAUAUCAUUGCAUCUCUCACCAGUGGACGCACCGUACGUGGGUAUAGACGAUGA